UCAGUCCUUCCUUUCAAGUCUCUGAAUAUUAUGUUGAGAUAUCUGAAUCCGUUUUAUUUGGACAUUUGUUGAUUAUCGUGAUGGCCACUGAUGUGGAUACCGAAAACCUCACAUAUGACAUUACUAGUGGAAAUGAGCAAAAUAAGUUUUAACUUGAGCCUAACACUGGUCAACUAUUAGUCACUUCAUAUCUAGACUUUGAGGACACUCAGACUUACACACUGACAGUUAGAGCUACCGAUAAAGUCACCCCUCCAGCUUUUGUAAGCAUUACGGUGAACGUGCUUAAUGAAAAUGACAAUGCUCCAAUGUUUUCCAUGGCUGCUUAUUCCACGACUAUACCCGAGAAUACUCCACUCAACAUUACUGUGCUAUGUGUCGGUGCUGUAGACAGAGACAAUGACUCGUUGAUUGCUUACGUUCUGGCUGAAACUGAUGUGUUUAGAGUUGACAAUUCGGGUGCAAUAUUUACACAGGAGAGGCUGGACUUUGAGAAUGCAUCCUCACACUCGUUCAUGGUCAUAGCAACAGACAAUGGCAAUCCGCAACUUUCAACAAUAGCUCCUGUGACAAUAUUUGUAGCUGCAAGAAACGACACCACUAUUGACCUGGGUACUGUUGGUUCUUCAUGUCCAGGCGUGAUGGUUUGUGAAGCUGAACAGGAUUCUGUCUGGUGGCUUUUCUUCCCUGUCACUGUGGCUGGCUUUUCCUAUUCCCGGCAAUGCCCACAAAAUGGAACUGGAACAACUUCAGGUACUGCAACUCGUUUCUGUACACUUAAAGGAAUGUGGGAAGCAGUGAAUACUGAUAACUGUGCUAGGGAAGAAAUCAGUAUAUUGAAUAACACGGCAAAUGAAAUAUUUCUUAGAAAUGCCUCUCAGAAUGAAGUUGAUGAUCUUCUUACUUCUCUUGCGGAGGCUACUAAUGUCAAUGCAACAGGAGACUCCACCAUAUUCCCUCAAGACCUCAGCACUACUAAUUUGAUUGUCAAGUCAGGUGUGAAUUACCUAAUUCAGAACAUAGAGUCUGCUGGUCCCAUGUCCUCUCUCAAUUUUAGUGAAGGAGUUCUGAACAUUCUCAGCAAUGUUCUUGAUGAGAGGAAUACAGAAGGAUGGGAAAGAUUGCAAGAGGGUUCUUCUGCUGAGAGUCAGCAAUUGCUGUUGAAUGCAGAGUUAUAUGGUCAGUAUGUGUCAUUGGCACUAAGAAGUGAAGCUGUGGAUACAGGCGACAUGACUGAAAUCACACUUGUGAGACAGAAUAUCGUGCUAUCUGCAAUAAAAGUUGACCCCACUAAUUUGGAAGACAUUACAUUUCCUGAAGUUAUUAAAGUCAGUGAAGAAACAGGCUCAGCUCAAACUGUGAUACCAGCUGCUCUCUUUGCGGAGAGAGGCGCCCGAGAAGGGAAUGUUGCAGCAGUCAACAUUCUAUUCUCCAACUUGGAGGGUUUUCUUCCAAAAACCAAUCUUGAAAUGAACACGACCAGACCGGUCUCACAGGUUAUUUCUAGUCAAGUCUUCUCCGAUGUGAAGUUAAAUAACUUUCAGACAAAGGCAUCCUUCAAUUUCACCACCCAAAAGUUUUCUGAAAGUGAAGUUGCAGAAAAUGCCACAUGUGUAUUUUGGAGUGUUUCUAGUGAUGCGGCCAACGGCAGGUGGUCUAUGGAAGGUGUGACUACAGUCAGUGUGGAUGAAGACAAGCAAAUGAGAGUAUAUAAUAUUGUCUGUGAGAGCAGUCAUUUCACAGCAUUUGCUGUUCUAAUGGAUGUCACUGGAGCACUGAAUGACACAACUCCAGAGAUCAGGUUUGCUCUAUCGUUGUUGACUUAUGUCGGUUGUUCCAUCUCCAUCUUUUUUCUUCUGUUAACUAUCAUCUAUUUCCUGGCAUUGAGAAAAGAACUGCUGACCAGAGUUCAUAACUUCAUCCAUCUCAACCUGUCUAUUUCUUUGCUCCUUGGUUACGUGGCGUUCUUGUCAGGAAUACAGACUGCUGUGGCCAACAAGAUAGCGUGUGCGUUUGUGGCUGCUCUCCUUCACUACUUGUUCACUGCUGUGUUCUUUUGGAUGCUCUGUGAAGGAAUCAUGCUCUAUCUCAUGUUGGUGGUUGUCUUCAGCCAAAUAUCCAAGAAAUGGUGGAUAUUCUUUAUUAUUGGAUGGGGUGUUCCAGUGAUACUGGUGGCUAUAUCUGCUGGACUUAUUCAUGACCAGUAUGGCACAGAAGAGUAUUGUUGGAUUGCUGUUGGUGCCGGUGAUAAAGGAGCCAUAUGGGCAUUUGUUGCACCAAUGCUACUAGUUGUUCUGGUGAACGUAUUCUUCCUCUUGGCUGCUUUGUGCAGUGUCUAUAAACAAAAAAAGUUAACCAUGCAACAAAGAGGAAAAAAGGAAUCUUUACAGUUAUUCUCACAACUCUUCAAGGCCACUAUAAUUCUUCUUCCACUACUCGGGCUGACUUGGGUGUUUGGUCUACUCUCAGUCAACAGCAACACUUUUCUUCCAUGUGCUCCGGAGUGAAAAGGUUACAAAUUUUCUAAAGCGGUGCCAAAGCAAAACUGACAGUGGUGUAUCUACUUCUACCUUAGGAAAAAACAAUCUGAGCAAGAAUCCAACGACUAUAUUGUUCAUCUCAAGCCAAGAGACUCUAAAUUCAGCAAACACAAUCGUAGUACCAUGCAAAAUGAAUCCAUUAAAGUCGACGAGACUGCAUUGGAAACGGGCUCACCAAAGUCGUAUAUUGCUGGAUUGCUUGAAAAUGAGGAAAAGUGGCAAAAAGUAUAACCUGGUAAAAAAACUUUCACACUCACAGGAAAGCUUUGACGCAUAGGUUCUAGCAUAGAUACUAACUGUUUUAUUGUCUAGUGCCACUAUAUACUUAGUCUAAAUAGCGGCAUGACUAUAUAUUAUAUAGCAGUACGUAUAAUUAUAUAGGCUGUUGUUAUGAGUGGCAAGUUUUUAUAUGGUGCAUAUAAUUAUAGCUAUUAUACUGUCUGAAUACAUAGAGCUACAGUAUAGAAAACUAGAUUAUGAAGUCACUUGUUUUGUUCGGAUCGUUUUAUAGUGCUUAUAAUUAUGCAGACAUUAUUACUAUAAUUA